AUGAAGGAUUACCAUGUCGAUGAUCGAGACAAUGAGCUUUUUACAACCUCACCAGAAUGGUAUUACAGUAACACUAUAAACAAGACUCGCAUUGCUGCUGAUGCAAAGACUUAUGUAAGUGGAAGAUUUGAAUGGAGGUGGUAUUUAGCACCAUCAUGUCCAGCGAGACUGCGACAUCGACUUGGCAAGGAAUCUGUUGCCACUCUGGUCAUCUCAAAUGUGACCACUCGCGAUAAUGGGAAGUAUUCUUGCUCACUUGUUUUAAGAGGGGGAAAGAAGCCAAUAAAAAGCGCAACACAGCUAGUAGUAACAGUGUCCAUAUCUAGUCCUGGUCCGCUAACAAGAGAGGUUGGGCAAGAUGUGGUGUUCAUGAUUAAUGCUACCAAUAUAGUGGGAGUCAACUGGGGAAUACGAGAUGGCAACACUAACAAACUGCAACAAGGACUUAUCAACUACAAUAAAGCAGAUGGAAUACAGUUAGAUAAAAAGAUCAAUUCAACAAGUUGGUGAU